GUUAGUGCUUCGGGUUAAUACUCUGGGUUAUAAGAAUAAUUUGCUUCAGAGCACUUCAUAUGGAGCAACCUGGGUUAUAUUUCAAAUUAAUACUCCAGGUUGUACUCCAGCAACCCAGGUUUUGCUCCAGACCACUCCAACAAAAGUGAUCAUUCAAAUUCGUAGAUUAUUCUAA